AUGAUAGCACUCUGGUCCCGGGCAAUUCGCACCCCGGGUACCUGUAGAUGCAUAUCCUGCAGUGCGAAUACGCCCGCCGUGACUAGACGCGCCGGUGCCACUGGUCUUAAGGGCGCAUGGGUUUUUGGCACCCCAACGUCGACUUUCGUCUACACGACUGUAUUCGCUGCAGGUCUUGCAAUAGACGCAAAGGCUAAGCGAAGCCGGAACGAACAAUGGGAUUCCGCAUUCGAGACUAUACGGGAGGAAUUGCGUGCGCUGCAAACGCCUGCAGACCGAAAUUCCACUGGCAAUGUACACGGACGAGACACCGGGCGCCCUGCGGAAGCGAUACCUAGCGAUGUGGAAUGGGACGAUGUGUUCAAGGUGAUUGGAAUGGACAUGAUUGAUGAUGCCGUGUUCGAAAAACGGCAGAUAGAAUCGGACACGCUUGUAAUCCCAGAGGUCUUGUGGGAUUUGUUGCAUGCAGAUGCCCGCUCUGAUGGGCCUUCUCUACUCGACUGGCCUGCCAGCACUGGUCCUGGUCCAGGAUCGCGAUACAAUCUGCCUCCUCAGUCUCUGUGGGCACUAGAGAGACAUAUCAGCAGCGUAGCUCAUCUUACGUCCCACGAAACACAAAAGGUCAAACGUGAGAUCUUGGCGAAUUUGAGAGCUGUGCAAACUACCAGGAAGGAGGAAUGGCCUGAGGAUGAAACGAGUAUUAGGCCGGGCCCAAAGUUCAAAGCAGAGCCUCGUUACCUUCAGGACAAUGACGGUGAUUUCCACCACAUCACUAAGCAGCUGAAUGUGGCCAUCAAAAAGCUUUUUGAGGAAUAUCACGACAAGCGUAAAAGCCCUGAGUACAUCGCUGUAGCCACGGCGAAGAUAUGCCACAAUCUACUCAUCUCAUCAGCCGCUCCGAACCUGCAAACCUUCAACAUUCUUCUCACUGGAUUCCAAAAGUGGGACCAACCUCGCCUCGUCGAUGAUGUUAUCAAAGGAAUGUACGUCUGUAAAAUCCGUCCGAAUGAGAUCACCUGCGCUGCCAUCCUUGAUCAUUAUACGGAAAUGCAGAGGCCCGUGGAGUUCAGUCAAUUUGUUGCCAAGAUGCGAGGUGCCGGCGACGCAUUGAUGAUGGCAAGACCUGACAUUACUGUGAACGAAGCGGGAGGAAACCGCCUAGUCCGCAUCAGCGAGACGCAGGUCUACCAAAAGGUUUAUCCUACACCUAUGGUAUUCCAUGCUCUCAUGUACGGAGUCCUAAAGUUCGCCGGUUUCGAAAGAGCAAUGGACAUUUACUAUGAGAUGAAGGAGGAUGGCUGGGGUCUUGACUUGCUCAGUCUGUCUCGCUUACUGGAUGAUUGCCUACAUCGUGCCGACUGGCAAGGCGGCCAGAUCGUCUGGGAAGAAAUCGCGAACAUCCAAGGACGGGUUAAUCCCAAUGUCCUAGCCAAGGCGUACGCACAAUUUCUCAGUUUGUGCUCUGUUGCACAGAAACCGGCAGCUUUCAACACAGUCCUCAGCGACGUGAUCAGACGUGGCUACAAUCGCAAGGCUAUCCUCAAGUCGGUGAAGGAAAUGACGAAUGUGGUGCGACCAGAUAAAGGCUACCUUGCACCAGCGUUCACCGCUGAUAACCUUCUUAUCGCGGUAUCUGACUAUAUGAAAACUGGUGAAGCUGCGGAGGCUGAGACAGCACCGUUCUUCGAAGAAUCGAAAGCAGGCUCGACUCCGGGUAAUGCGCAGUCUCAGAAGCAAGGCAUCGACGAGCAGGUUGAUCCUUGGGAUACGUGGGUAGAGCAGGAGCUCGGCGAACCAACGUCUGGCAAGACGAUGGCGCGAAACGAGGCUGCGAAAGCGGAGAUAGCGCCUUUCCUCGAGAGUCCAAACGCAGGAUCAAUCCCUCAAAAUGCGAAGCCUCGCAAACAAAGCACCACGGAGAAGCCCGAUGCAUGGGCAGUAUGGAUGGAACACGAGCUCGGCGAGGCAGUAGCAGGCGAACCAUCGACACCCAACGAGAACGAAUCGACAACUAAGCGCAGCAGGGGCUCGUGA